UGCCCCUGAAGGAUGCUGGUGGUGGGCUUGGGGCUGGAGGGGAGGGUGCCCGGGGGUGGCAGUCGGAGGAGAACAGCCUCACCUGAGCCUCCAGCAAGCGGGGAGGGCUUUGUAGGGUCCUGGGGGGGGACAGAGGUGGACCAAGCCCCAGCCCGGGGGCUAAAAGUGGUUUUCCCUGGCACAAGGAGCAAAAAGCGGGGAGCGGGCAGCGGCACCCCGUCCCAGGGCUACGCUGGGCACCCGCAGGAGCCGGGGUGAUGGUGGUGCUGGUCUGGGGUGUCGCGGCUCUCUCCAGGGGCUGUGCUUUGCUGUGGCGAGCGAGGAAACGAUGAGCCUAUUCGGUGUCGCAGGUGCGCGUUUCUAACUGGGAGCGUGACCAUGGCCACGGGGGGGACAACCAGCCCCCCCAGCGUCCCUCGUCACACCAACCGCCUGAUUAACGAGAAGUCCCCCUACCUCCUGCAGCACGCUCACAACCCCGUGGACUGGUACCCUUGGGGUCAGGAAGCCUUUGAUAAAGCAAAGAAAGAAAACAAGCUGAUAUUCCUGUCAGUUGGCUACUCCACCUGCCACUGGUGCCACGUGAUGGAGGAGGAGUCCUUCAAGAACAAGGAGAUCGGGGAGAUUAUGAACAAGAACUUCGUAUGCAUCAAAGUGGAUCGUGAGGAACGGCCAGAUGUGGACAAAGUAUACAUGACCUUCGUGCAGGCAACCAGUGGUGGAGGUGGCUGGCCGAUGAGUGUCUGGCUGACUCCAGACCUCAAGCCCUUUGUAGGGGGGACGUACUUCCCACCUGAAGAUGGAGUUCAUCGUGUUGGCUUUCGGACUGUGCUGCUCCGAAUCGCAGAGCAGUGGAAGGAGAACAAAGAGGCCCUGUUGGAGAACAGCCAGAAGAUCCUGGAAGCAUUGCUAUACAGGUCCGAGAUCCAUGUGCAGGGCCAGGAGUCACCCCCACCAUCCAAAGAGGUGAUGGCCACCUGUUUCAAGCAGCUCUCCAACUCUUACGAUGAGGACUACGGUGGCUUUUCUGAAUCCCCCAAGUUCCCCACCCCAGUGAACUUGAAUUUCCUCUUCACGUACUGGGCCCUGCACCGAACAACUCCAGAAGGUGCCCGGGCACUGCAGAUGGCUCUGCAUACCCUCAAGAUGAUGGCCCAUGGGGGCAUCCAUGACCACAUCGGUCAGGGCUUUCACCGCUACUCCACCGACCAGCACUGGCACGUCCCUCACUUUGAGAAAAUGCUGUAUGACCAAGGGCAGCUGGCAGCCACAUAUAGCAGAGCGUUUCAGAUCUCUGGCGAUGAAUUCUUUGCCAGUGUCGCCCAAGACAUUCUGCUCUAUGUCUCGCGGGACCUGAGUGACCCGGCUGGAGGUUUCUACAGUGCGGAGGAUGCUGAUUCCUACCCGACCACUGCAUCCGAAAAGAAGCGAGAAGGAGCUUUCUGUGUGUGGACAGCUGAGGAAAUUCGGGCUCUCCUUCCUGACCCUGUCGAAGGGGCCACAGAGGGGAUGACCCUGGGAGAUGUCUUCAUGCACCACUACGGAGUGAAGGAGACUGGCAACGUGAGCCCCAUGAAGGACCCCCAUCAGGAGCUGAAGGGCAAGAACGUCCUUAUUGUUCGAUGCUCCCCGGAGCUGACGGCGUCCCGGUUUGGGCUGGAGCCGGGGCGGCUGGGUGCCCUCCUGCAGGAGGGCCGGCGGAGGCUGUCCACAGCCCGGGCACAGCGGCCACGGCCACACUUGGACACCAAGAUGCUGGCGGCAUGGAAUGGGCUGAUGAUCUCGGGCUUUGCCCAGGCUGGGGCAGCCCUGGCCAAGCAGGAGUACGUAAGCCGGGCUACGCAGGCAGCUGCCUUCCUGCAGAGACACCUUUUUGACCCUGCCAGUGGGAGGUUGCUGCGGAGCUGCUACCGGGGCAAAGACAACACGGUGGAGCAGAGCGCCGUGCCCAUCCAGGGCUUCCUGGAGGAUUACGUCUUUGUCAUCCAGGCUCUCUUUGACCUGUAUGAAGCCUCGUUGGAGCAGGGCUGGCUGGAGUGGGCCCUGCAGCUCCAGCACAUGCAAGACAAGCUCUUCUGGGACCCCAAAGGCUUUGCGUAUUUCUCCAGCGAGGCUGGCGAUCCUUCUCUGCUCCUGCGCCUGAAGGAUGACCAAGACGGAGCAGAGCCCACUCCCAACUCUGUCACUGUCACCAACCUGCUCCGAGCAGCUUGUUACUCCGGCCAUACAGAGUGGGUGGAAAAAGCCGGGCAGAUCUUGGCUGCCUUCUCAGAGAGGCUGCAGAAGAUCCCAAUAGCCCUGCCAGAGAUGGCCCGGGCCACCGCUGUGUUCCAUCACACCUUCAAACAGGUGGUUAUCUGUGGGGACCCCCAGGGAGAAGACACCAAAGAGAUGCUGCGCUGCGUCCACUCCGUCUUCAGCCCAAACAAGGUAGAGGUGCCAGCCCUCCCCAGCCCCCUGCGCAGCCGCUCCCCGCCAGCCGCCGGCACGCUCCCUGCUGCCGCCUGCAUUGCCAGUGCCUUCAUCCUUUCUCCCAGUGUGGCUGUAGCAUCCGUCUUCCUCCUCCUCUGUCCUGCCUCCCUUCUGGGAAGCAUCCUAUCCUUACCAUAUUCGUAAGCACAGCCCGCAGGGCCACGGCUGAGCCCCUGCACCCCUCUCUCCCUGGCACAGAGCGCUGGCAGUCCAGCCCAAGGAGCGGCUGCAGCAGCGGCUGCUGUCGCUGCCGGCUGUUUACACUGCCCUCAGCCUGAGCCCAGCAUCCCCAGCGCUGCUCUCCCAAGGGAAAACCUUUCGUUCCGGUGCGGAUGUGUCAUGCCCGGUGUGGAUGUGUCAUGCCUGGUGCAGAUCCAGCCAGUGUCUGGGUCACCUUCUGCCUGAAGCCACCCUCGCAUCCUUGGGAAACAGCAAGGCAGUACCUUGCUCUGGCUGCGGGUACCCCUGGCUGGGAGGGUCUGGCUUUUCCCAAAAGCUUUGCCCCCAGUUGUGCUGUCGCCGUGCACUGGGGUUACCACCUUGCUCUGCUCGUCUGCAUCCCUGCUCAGAGAUGCGUCACCCGGUGCAUCCCACUGAGGGGCCGUGCUGCCUCCGGGACGGAGCUGUUUGCCGCCCGCAGAGCUGGCAGGGAAGGGCAGUGCGGCAGCCGGCGCCCAUCACAUUUGGUGGGCAGCGUCCCUGCCCUGGGGACGGAUGGCUCUUGCCUUGGCAAAGCUGUCGAGCCGAGGGAAGCAGGGCUGGGCUGUAGGCGAGGAGGCUCAGCGUUUCAGCCUCUGGACCGGAUUCAUCCCUGCCUGUCGGGGUCCUGGUGCCAGGGACUGGCACGUUGAGCCGCAACACGUGGGGAGCUGGCACUGAGGCCAAAGCAUCAGUUUCCGUCUGUAGCCCCAGCUGGGGUGAACCGGGGAGCGCUGAGCCAUCGGCACGGUGUCCCCUGCUCCGUCCUCACGUUAGCUCAGCCCACGGAGGCUUUCAUCCCUGACCCUCUGCUUACGUGCCCCGCAGUGUUCAAUGCCGGUGUUGGAGGACAGUCACCGCUUUUGCCCAGGCACGUGGGUGGGGGACGCAGCUCUCCGUCCUCCCUCUGGCAUCUCCUGUCCAGCAAUGCCCUCAGCCGUGCCUAUCCCCGCGCCACGGGCGAGGCCUCUGCUCCCACGCUCUUCCUCUCUCCCUUAGAAGGAUUACAGCGGGUGACCCAGUUUGCAGGGAUGGGAAGCGCCAUGGUGGCAGCGGGGAACCCAGUGCUGCUGCUAAUAACCCACUCCCUCUCCCUGCAACUGGUUCAGCCGUCGGUCCCCUGAGUCCACGUGGACUCUGGCAGGGGAUGCAGCCGGCAGCUUUGGGGUCCUGAGCAGAGCAAAUAGCGCAGCCAUUGCCUCUCCUCUCAUGUGAUUUGGUUCCCUCCUGCUAAGCUGGUAACAAGCCUGGCUGUUGGGGACGCUCGCUCCCCAGGGGCAGGUCUGUCUGCCCCAAGCCAUUGCCUUCCUCGGGAUAGGGAGGAAGAGGAGGGCUGGGCGCUCUGGAUGGAUAUUGCUAUGAGGGAGUGAAGCCGCGGGGGGGCUGCGCUCAGAGGGGCAUGCGGGGGGGCUGCAGCUGGAGGCUGGCAGCAGGCAGGGCAGAGGUCGAGCCCCUGCUAGCCCCUUGCUGGGCUCUUGCGUGUUCCUCAUGUUGCGAUAGUGGGAUGGAUCAGGAGUUGUCAGUUGUCCCUUUUGGCAGCUUGGGUUUGUUUCCUGGAAGAAAGAACGUGGCAGGAGGGGAAGGCUCUCUUCCCAGAGGAGCACAGCCCUGUAGGUAUGUGCUUCCCCAAGCAUGAGUGUGCAGGAGCGGUAGGAGCUGAGCUCUUCCUCGACCUUCCUCAGCCCACCUCCCUCCUGCUCGUUCCUGCCACGAGAGCUGCCUGCGCUGCUGAGCCCGGCUCCAGCAGACGGGGUGUCCCAUCGCGGUGAUGGCUGCUUUUCCCUGCUGUCACCGAGGCCAGGGGUGAGCGGUUGGGCCUCUUCAGCAUCAUCUGGGUGGAAUGAAGGGCGACAGGGAAGGGGGUAGAGCCACACUUCCCCUGAGCCGUCCUGCCAGGGCUUCCCCGGUGCCAUUCUUCAUGACCAACCUGAUCUCUGGCAGUAGCGAUGGCUCCUCACCUUGCAGAGGGGAUGGAGAGAAGGGAGGAGAAUCCCGCUGCUCAGAGAGUCACGCUGCCUUUGGGAGCAGCCUGCUGCUUCCCGACAGCCAUCCCUCUUCCCAUGCUGCAUCGCACAGAGAAGCGGGUCCUCCUUUUCCCAACCCGCCUUCAGCUCCCUCCAGCUGCACCCCAGCUCUCCUUCCCCACCCCGAAAAGCUGCCUGAGACAGAGCAGCUCUGGGUCACCCGCUCCGGGGACACGACAGCUUUGGGAAUCGCCUUUGCCAAGGAUUUGGGGAAAAGUCACUGCUGUGUCCCCUGCCGCCCCUGCUCCCUCAGUGCCGGCAGGGCGCUGGGGGCUUGGUUCAUCUGCAGGAA